GCCAGCCUAGCAGUUCCACACACUAGAGGACUGCUGUAUACCUGCUCUUGUAAACUACAACUUAAGUUAAAUUAAGCUGCUCAAUACCGAACAGGAAAGUGGACUUGACCGACGUCACAAUGUCCAGAGAUGUUGACCUGCUUCUCAUCGGGAAGACGGGCAAUGGGAAGAGUUCAACAGGCAACUCCAUCCUCAAGAGACGAGUGUUUAAAACCAGCGCCGACACCAACUCCGUGACCAAACGCAUCCGCUCCGAUUGUGCCGAGUACAACGGUCGCGUGAUCAAGGUCGUUGAUGGACCAGGGGUUGGUGACACUGACCUUAGCGGAGAAGAAGGUUUAAAGCUGGUCAUUGACUGUAUGAAAGACGCCAUAGCUUCUAACACUAAAGGGUACCACGCUUUUCUAUUGGUUGUCCGAUAUGGAGGGAGAUUCACUAAAGAGGAUCAACAAACGAUAGAGCGGUUGAAGGGUAUUUUCGGAGAAGACCUGGUCAGGAAAUAUUGCAUCUUGCUAGUCACUUGUGGGGAUAACUUUGACCCUGAAGAGGCUGAAACCAAUUCUUUUGAAAGUUGGUGCCUUAAUCAAACGGGUCCGUUCAAGUUUCUGGUAGAAGAGUGUCAGAGACGCGUCCUGUUGUUUGACAACAGAACUAAAGAUGAAGCUAGGAGAGACGCUCAGAUUGACAGGUUAUUAGACAUGGUGGAUGGUCUAGACAACAACGGACAACGCUACACUCACGUGGAGUUCCAAAACGCGGAGAAACAUCGAGAAAGACUUGAACUGGAAUCCAAGCUUCCGGUUAUAAGAGACGAUCAGUGGAGAGAAUCCAGCCUUAUUUUACAACAACUCACCGCGAUCAAGUUUGAUGAUUUUGAUUGCCAGCUUUCGAGACUCCAGAAACUAAAAGAGAGGGCGAAAACUUUACUGGAAGGUUUUUUACAACUGGACAACAACACGGGGGCGUUGAUAGAGGUAAUCAAAAAUGCCAGAGAAAUACUUGGCACCGUCGAUGAGCAGAUUGUGAAGACCCAGGAAGCGAAGAUUACCCACGAGAAACAGAAGAAGUUGGAGGAAGAAAUGAAACGUCUUAGAGAGGAACGUGAACGUAGUGACAGAGAACAUGAAGAAGAGAGAAGGAGAGAAAGGGAAAAGAGGAUGGAGGAGCUAGAACAAGAAAUGAGAGAAAAAAAGCGCAUGAUGGAUGUAACGUUGGAGGAAAUGCGAAAGAAAGCUAUUAAGGUAGAGGAAGAACAAGUUCAAGUGAAGGAAAAUUCUAUAUGGGGGACGAUUAAAUCCAUUGGCUCCUUUAUUUUGAACACGGUUGCUCCGUUUAUACUGAGAAAAUUAAUUUUCAAGGUUUAAACAGAUCUAUACCAUACAACGAUGGUAUCAACGACCUUCCGAAUGUGGAAUCCUCCAAAGAUUAUGUCAAAGCCACACUCUCAGGCAGCUGAUGAUCAGCUUCAGUAAGGCUGGGCCACGGGACAGGCCAGAAAAAAAAAAAACUGGACUGCAAAACGAAGAAAGAUGACCACUAAGAACAGUGACCCCCCCCCCCCCCUUCACACUACAGAUGUUUGCAAGAAACACUGCCUACAAAGCAUUCAGAAUUACUUUAAUUAAGAACCCUUUGGCCCAUAUUAAAGCGUUAAGUUCUGUAUCGUUAUAUUUCAAUAAUUCAUACAUAAAUUUAAAGUUUAUUUUGUUUACAAUGUUAAGCUGUAUAAUGAGAACUCUAUCAACAUCAGUGAAAAAUAAUGUUAAUGGCAUUGGUUAGGGUCAAAUGUUAUAUUUGAUACUAUUGUGCUUCCAGUGACUUAACAAUGGCCCCACUUUAUACCUCAAGAACUAGGGCCGACAUGUCUUGUGUUGUGUUAAAAUUACUAUUUUUUGAGAAAAAUUUUCAUGUACGAUAUUUUUUUUUUUUUGUAAAACACUAAUAUGCUUUUAAUAAAAAAUUUAAAAUUAUAUAAAGAAUAAUAAACUUAAUUAAAGCCAAAUAGUUUGAGU